AGCUCCCCUUCUGCCACAGCGACUUCAUCGGCUCAUAUCUGGAGUCUGAAAUCCUCAAGGCCUUGGCCAAGUGUCCGGCAGAUCAGGUGGAAGUGGUCUACAAAGGCUUCCAACCAAAGUAUGACUCCUUUAGCGCCAUGCACCAUGCAACAAGUGGAUCUGACAUCUAUGAGCAGAACAGCACCGGGGGCUUCGCGCUCGAAGAAGAAAGACGCGCUGGCUGCCACGGUCAGUGGGACACGAAUCAGAAGUGUUAUCCGACGCUGGAACAAAUGAAAAACACAGGCCUUCUCCGAAAUUUCUCUUCGAUUUUGGCAUCUCGGGGUAUCAAGAAGAUGGUCACCGUGGGCCUGGUGUAUGACUAUUGCGUGAAGGAGACAGCUAUCUUCACCCGUGAGAACCACCCUGAGAUGCAAGUCGUAGUCUUGGGCCAUCUUACUCGACCCAGCUUUGAUGGGAAGCCGGGGGCGCCCUACACUGGCUUUCUUUGUGAUGGUCGUGAUCUGGGUCAUGGCUUCUGUUCUGAAGGAGGUGGCACCAAAGCCGCGCACGAGAAAGUGCUGAAGGACUACAAGUCCAACGGGGUGGCCGUCAUGAGGCUCCAAAAUGAGCCGCUGUCGGCCGAAGUCUAUGGCCUGUUUGGGGGCGUCUUUGUUGGAAGCAGUUGAUCCAGCAAAAAAUGCCAUAAGCCUCCAAAGCUGCGCCCAUGGUGCAUAGACCAAGCACCAACGGUUCCAUGAUGUUCGAAAA